UGAAUGCAUUGAAUUUUCAAACUGUGGCAGCUGCGGAAGUCAAAACGUAUCGCACAGGAGAGCAACAUGCCUGGUAUGAUGCUCUGAGGGUUUUGCCCCCUGCUCACAACACAGUAACAUAACCUGGAAAAAAACAAAUGGCUGCGUCCACGAGACAAGAUAACUUUGACUCAUCUUCAGAUGAAGACAUUGAGGAGCAGGAGACUCCAUUCCUCAUCUCCUGGUUGCAUUUAUCCAUAAUCGAGUGCUCGCAGUCUCUUGGAAUAUGUGGACUUCCAGGCUGCAAGUACAAAGAGAUCCGCAGGAACAUGACAAGAAACCUUGAUGAGAUGCAGAACCAGGGCGUGCAGGACGUGUUUGUGUUCUGCAGCCGGGGCGAGCUGGUGAAGUACCGCGUCCCCAGCCUGCUGGAGCUGUACCAGCGCCGCGGCUUCCGGGUCCACCACAAGCCCAUCCUGGACGGAGACGCUCCGACGCUGGAAUACUGCUGCGAGAUCCUGGACGACCUGCGGGAGUGUCUGGAGGAGAAGCGCAGGACCGUCAUCCACUGCUACGCAGGUCUGGGACGCUCUGCACUCAUCGCCGCCUGCCUGCUGCUGCAGCUCUCUCUGCUGCUGACGCCCAGCGAGGUCAUAGAGAUCCUCCGGGAUCUGCGAGGAGGAGGAGCCGUACAGACCGUCAAGCAGUACAACUUCAUCCACGAGUUUCGCUCCAACUAUGCAGAAUAUCUAGAAAGCAGAGAAUCGUCUUCGGAGCGAUCCGUGUCCAGAUGAUCGGCGCUUCUCUCUUCAGGACACCAAGAGGGAACUCCUGCCCUCGUGCUCAGCUUUCGUCUCUCCAGGAUCUGCACUUUACAGGAAUACUCUUAAUAUAUUGCUUUUUCUUAUGACUAUAAUAAAGUUUGUGGAUAAUUUUCUUUUUUUCUCCCUGAAGUUGUGGUCUAGUAUAAGCUGCCGGCUGCGAGCCUGUUUCUGCAGUUUUCCUCCUGCGAGCUGCUUCUGCCAGGUUUCUUCCUGUUAAAUGUGAGUUUUUUUCUGCUGUCUCUGAUGCGCUGAAAAAUCCAAUGUAAUGACACUUCAGUCUUUAUUAAGAGUGGGAUAGUUUUAUUUAGAUUCAAAUAAAUCAUUUCUGAAACGAGACACGAUGGGAUUUAAA